AUGGCAAGCGCGCAACUCACCGAGGAAGAGCUGCAGCAGAGCGCACUUCUCUCAGAUGAGGAUGCCGAAAUCGAAGACGCACCGAUAGUACCCGUUGAAGGGGUGCCUCAGGGUACCGAAAGUCCUUUGACGAACCUUAAUGCACACGAUGACGAACUUUCGGACGCGGACGCGGUCGGCGACAAUGACGACGAAAGAGACGCGCCCACCUUGGAUGGCGAUAUUGAGAUGGCCGAGAAUCCAGACGAUAACAGCGAACUGUCUGAGCAGGAAUCUCUAGAAGAGAACCUUGAUGAAUAUUCUGGCGCCGACAUGGAUCAGCGUCUGGAGCAAGACGAUGGAGAUGAAGCUUCGGGCGGUCCGCGGAGCCGCAGCAGCAGUUUGCUAGAUGAUAUUGAGGAGGAUGAGGCAGAGGGCGUUGGCGCUGUUAAGAUCAGGCCAGGCGAGACAGAUGAUGAAGAGGUAGAUGAGCCGGAGAGCGAGCAUUCGGAUUCGCAUAGCGAGUCUGGCAACGAAUCCGAAGGAGACGAUGCCUGGGACGAGGUCGCCGUAGAGGAGGAAGAAGAUGAAGAGGAAGGUUCAGAGGAUGCAGCGAUGAAUACUUGUAUGUUCUGCAAGCAAGAUGAAGAACAUGACCCGGCAGAGGACUUCGAAGAGUACUUGGCUUGUAUUGGAUGUGGCGAGAAUUCACACCAACAUUGCGCCAGAGAAGCUGGCGCGUUCCAGGAGUUCAGCACUGCUUUCCAGUGGAAGUGCCCCGAUUGCGCAUCUGUUGACGAUGCGCCUGCCGAUGGGUUUCAAGGAAAGGCUUCUCCCGAAUAUGCAGAGAAGCUUGGACUUGAGCAUGGGCGGGAGCCAGAUGCCGAGCACGAGGUUGGGCUAUCUCCGUCGUCUAGACGGUCGAUAGCAUCCCAAGUAGCGCGAGACUUGCUCCCGCCCCAAAAAGGCACCUCCAAACCCGACUCUCACUCGGUUUUCAACCAUCUCCUUCUGAACGACGAUCCCAUGGAUGGAACUCGAGUUCUUCGUAAACGCAAGACGUCGUCUGUCGAAGCUGAGGAGGUUGUCAUGUCGCUCAGAAAGCGCCGACGAAACACAUCAAAAGAUAGGGAAUCAAGCCACGGGGCAGGCACAGCACAAGACGGCCUGAACGGAACUGGGGAGAAGGAUACACGACGCAAGCUACGCCUGCACCCCCCCCGAAAGUCACAGGCAAUUACCGUUACUCGACGGACUCGGUCCACCAUCAUCAAGAUGCGUGUGAAGCCAUCCGCUCUUCGCCGAAUCCUGUCAAGAAAGUCUUCCUCCAAUCGAAGACGAACGGAGAAAGUGGUAGACACGGCCGCGUCAUCCCACGAUGGAUUGGCUGCCGCCAUGUCAGCUUCAUUCACUUCCACUGACUACUCACAUCCCUUUUAUUCCUUCUUAGACCGGGAAACCGACGAUAUGAGAACAAAGCCGUAUGGUGGCAUCCUCAGUGAGAGCGAAGCCGACACAUCAAGGACCUUACCGACCAAUGAUGAUCGUCGAAAAUUUGAUGAAGCCAAACAAAAGGCAGAGGAGGUAUGGCGAGCUCGUCUUCAUAGCGUCCAACUCAACCUAGCGACACCUGCCAAGAGGCCCAAGAAAAACGCUGGACCAGCGAGCCAGAUUGAGUGCAUCGAUUUCGGAGGCUGGGAGAUCGAUACCUGGUAUGCCGCACCCUAUCCCGAGGAGUAUAGUCGGAAUCGCACUCUCUACAUUUGCGAAUUCUGUCUGAAAUACAUGAACUCGGAUUACGUCGCCUGGCGUCACAAACUCAAGUGUCCAGCUAAACACCCACCGGGGGACGAGAUAUACCGGCAUGGAUCCGUUUCCGUCUUCGAGGUUGAUGGGCGAAAGAACCCAGUCUAUUGCCAGAAUCUUUGCCUUCUCGCUAAGCUAUUCUUGGGGUCCAAAACGCUUUACUACGAUGUUGAGCCUUUCCUCUUCUACGUCUUGUGCGAAUACGAUGCUCUAGGCUAUCACUUUGUUGGCUACUUUUCCAAGGAGAAAAGAGCCAGCAGCCAGAACAACGUUUCUUGCAUUCUGACCCUGCCCAUACACCAGCGAAAGGGCUACGGUAACCUCCUGAUUGACUUUUCAUACUUGCUCACCCGCGUGGAGCGCAAGACUGGAUCACCUGAAAAGCCUCUUUCGGACAUGGGUCUCGUCUCCUACCGCAACUACUGGAGACUGGUACUUUGUCGAUAUCUCCUUGACCAUGUCGAAGAGGACAAGUCAACGGCACCGGGUCUCAGCGUUCGGCAAAUGUCCGACGAUACAGGACUGACUCCUGACGACGUUAUUUCUGCCCUCGAAGGUCUCCGAUGCCUCGUCCGUGACCCGCUUACGGAGCUUUAUGCAUUCCGUGUCGAUCUCUCGUACUGUAACGAUUAUAUAGCAAAAUGGGAGGGCAAGGACUACGUCAAACUGAAUCCAGACUCGCUCACCUGGACUCCGUACGUUAUGGGACGAGGCAAUGCUACCAACUUUGAGUUAGGCCCGGCUAUCAGCGCGAUUGCACCACGAGAAGAAGAUGAGAUCCACAAAUCUACACAGGGCGCACCGUCAGCGGCGUCUCAACAAGCAGCUGCGGCUAAUGACAUUGUGGACAAACCUCCGGUCGCCGAAAGCAGCUUAUCAAGUAGCGCUGAGGGUGCUGAUACAAGAGUACAUGGCCCGAAGGUGGAGUCUACCAUCUACGAAUCGACGGAAUCACAUCAAGAGGGUCUGGUGAACGGCGAAAAUGGCCUGGAACAGGCUCACGAAGAGGCGUCUCAACUCAACGAAGUACACCAGUCUACUCCUGAACAAACUGCUGGAGGCUGCUGGGCCAGUUCUUACAAAGAUGUGCCUCCUUCGAGGUUCGAGGUGUACCCACCUCCCGGUGGUCGUCGUUCGGACCGGCCGCGAACCAGUGUCACACGGCCUGCUGUAGCACGUACAGCGAGUAGCAACCCCAGACCACGGCGGUCGGGCGGUGGUAGCAGUGCGAGACGGACCACGUCGAGCCGACCCAAGGGCAAAAGCUCGUCGUCGUCGUCACGGCGGAAGACGGGGGGAACGGGACGUGGACCGGGUCGGUGGCCAAAGGGUACCAAGAAAAGCGACUAUGGCAAUGCUGACAGUGGGCCCGGCCUCCCGCCGGGUUGGCUCAGAGAGAAACAAGAGAGAGAGCGGCUGGCAGGUCUUAUAGUAACCAAGGACAAAGAGGUUGAAGGGCUCACGUCUCAGAGCAAUGAGACGAUGGAUGUGGUCCGGGUGCAGUUCCAAGACGGAGGACACGAGGAUGCCGGUGCUGAGGAAGCUGACAGUGACCUCGACGGUGGCGUUGACGGUGACGUUGACGGCCAAGCAGAGGAUGAGUGA